AUGAAUCCUAAGAAGUGUGCGUUCGGUGUUAUAGCAGGGAAGUUCCUGGGCUUCAUGGUGCACGAGCGUGGGAUCAAGUUAGGUGACAAGAGCAAGAAUGCCAUCAUGCCGAUGACCCCGCCAGGAAAUAAGAAGGAGCUACAGAGUUUGAUCAGCAAAUUGAAUUACAUCAGGCGAUUCAUAUUGAAUCUGUCUAGCAAGAUUGAGCCGUUCAUGCCGCUCAUGAAAAUCAAGAGCACCAGCGACUUCACUUGGGGGCAAGACCAGCAGAAGGCAUUCGACGAGUUGAAGCGAUAUCUUUCAUCGCCUCCUGUGUUGGUCCCACCUCAACUAGACCAACCGUUCACGGUGUAUCUAUUAGCCGAUGAGAGGUUCGGGGCAGUGCAGUUGGCUCCAGCAGACCCAUUACACCCGAUCAUCAAGCCAAGGCCGUUCAGAGGAUGGGGCAUGGACAUGAUUGGCCAGAUCAACCCUCCGACCAGUAAAGGACAUAAGUGGAUUUUAGCAGCCACGGACUACUUCACCAAGUGGGUUGAGACCGUUCCGAUGAAGAAUGUCACGGCUAAAGAUGUGGUGAACUUCAUCAAGGAGCAUAUUAUAUAUAGAUUUGGUAUUCCUCAGACGAUUGCUACCGAUCAAGGGACGGUUUUCACAGCAGAGGAAUUCAAGAAGUUCGCCAAGGAGAUGGGCAUUACUUUGAUCCAGUCAUCUCCGUACUACCUACGAGCAGGCUGA